AGCUGUGCAAGUUAUAUGGAUGGCUAAAGUAUUUAUGGUAAAGUAUGGUGGUUUGUUGUAUGAAUUAAUAAAUAAACACACAGCUAUCGAGAGCUUCUCCAUGUUUGAGUGAUGCCUCUCUCAAACCUGACAGGCUCCAGGCAAAAUGUUCGGUCUUGGAUGCUGAAACCUUCAUAUCCCUUAUACAUCAAAAUCUGUCAAAGGUCUGAGAUUUCAAGCUGGUUUUCCACAUGGGGUGUAGUUAAAGAUCUGAUUUCCCAAAAAGACAUAAACGAAUGUCAAAUCUGUACUGCGUCUAAAAGGAAUUCAUUCUGAAAUCAAUUAUGUAUCUUGGCCUCUUGUGUUCUAGCACAGAAACCUGAUUUUCAUGAAAACUGGUUGAAUGCAUGACAGUAUUUUCAUUUACAAUUUUGCAAACUUAGUUAACUCGGUUUUUAGUUAGACACACAGUCUGUAAAGAGAAUUUGAAGGUCGUGAUGUAUUGUUUCUUGUCGUUAUUUAUUAUUUAUGCAAAUGAGUCAUCUGUGCUUUUUUAAAUUUUUGUGUAGGAAUGUAGAUAUUUUUGUCCUGGAGAAGACAUCACUUCCGUGUUACCUUGACUUAGUUCACUGAAAAUGAAGCAAGAUUCUACUAGAAACAUUUCUUACACUGUGGAUUGUGAGGAUUAUGUGCAUGUGGUAAAAUUCAAUCCAUUUGACAGCGGAGAUUCAUGUUCCCUCAUUGCUUAUGGUGGCAACAAUUACGUGGUUGUUGGGACUUGCAGAUUUCAGGAGGAGGAUGCAGAAGUGGAAGGCAUACAAUAUAAGACACUAAGAACAUUUCACCAUGGAAUCAGAGUUGAUGCCAUAGCGUGGAGUCCUGAAACUAGGCUUGAUGCUAUACCUCCCCAGAUAAGGUUUUGUACUGCAGCUUCUGAUAGGAAGUUACGGCUCUUUACCUCUGACUUACAGGACAAGAAUGAAUUUAAGAUAUUUGAUGGCCACUCAGAUUACAUUAAUGAUCUGGUCUUUGCUCCCAACGAAGGUCAAGAAAUUGCAAGUGUAAGUGAUGAUCACACCUGCAGGGUCUGGGAUUUGGAAGGAAAUGAGAAGGCCCAUUUUGUUUUACGUUCUCCUGGAAUGAGUGUUUGCUGGCAUCCUGAGGAGGCUUUUAAGCUGAUGGUGGCAGAGAAGAAUGGGACAAUACGAUUCUAUGACCUGAUUACACAGCAAGCCAUUCUCUCCCUGGAGUGUGAACAAAUACCACUGAUGUCAGCAGACUGGUGUUUAAAAAAUACUCUUAAAAUUGGAGCAGUUGCUGGAAACGAUUGGCUGAUCUGGGAUAUCACUCGCUCCAGUUAUCCACAGGAUAAGAGACCUGUCCAUGUUGAUCGAGCCAGAUUAUUCAGGUGGUCCCGAGUGAAUGAAAAUCUGUUUGCAACCACUGGAUAUCCAGGAAAGACAACUACUCAAUUGCUGGUUCAUCAUUUAGGACAUCCCCAGCCCAUUCUUACUGGAACUGCAGCUGUAGGAUCAGGUUUGACAUGGCACAGAACUCUUCCAUUAUGUGCAGUCGGAGGAGACCAUAAAAUUUUCUUUUGGGUUACUGAAAUGUAAAAUAAGC